AUGGAGUCCCCGGUCCAGAUCUUUCGCGGGGAGCCGGGCCCCACCUGCUCCGCGAGCACCUGCCUGCUCCCCAACGGCAGCGGCUGGCUGCCGGGCUGGGCCGAGACCCCAGGCAACAACAGCGGCGGCUCCGAGGGCGCGCAGCUGGAGUCCGCGCACAUCUCUCCCGCCAUCCCUGUCAUCAUCACGGCUGUCUACUCCGUGGUGUUCGUCGUGGGCUUGGUGGGCAACUCCCUGGUCAUGUUCGUGAUCAUCCGAUACACAAAGAUGAAGACAGCAACCAACAUUUAUAUAUUUAACCUGGCGUUGGCGGAUGCUUUAGUUACUACAACCAUGCCCUUCCAGAGCACGGUCUAUCUGAUGAAUUCCUGGCCAUUUGGGGAUGUGUUGUGCAAGAUAGUCAUUUCCAUUGAUUAUUAUAACAUGUUUACCAGCAUAUUCACCUUGACCAUGAUGAGUGUGGACCGAUACAUUGCUGUGUGCCAUCCUGUCAAGGCUUUAGACUUUCGCACACCCAUGAAGGCAAAGAUCAUCAACAUCUGUAUUUGGCUCUUAUCGUCAUCUGUUGGCAUAUCUGCAAUAGUUCUUGGAGGGACCAAAGUCAGGGAAGACGUGGAUGUCAUCGAGUGCUCCUUGCAAUUCCCAGAUGAUGAUUACUCCUGGUGGGACCUCUUCAUGAAGAUCUGUGUCUUCAUCUUUGCCUUUGUGAUCCCUGUCCUCAUCAUCAUCAUCUGCUACACCUUGAUGAUCCUACGUUUGAAGAGUGUCCGACUCCUUUCUGGCUCCCGAGAGAAAGAUCGCAACCUUCGUCGGAUCACCAGGCUGGUCCUUGUGGUGGUGGCAGUCUUUAUCAUCUGUUGGACACCCAUUCACAUUUUCAUCCUUGUGGAAGCUCUGGGGAAUGCCUCUCACAGCACAGCUGCCCUCUCCAGCUAUUAUUUCUGCAUUGCCUUGGGAUACACCAACAGCAGUCUGAACCCCAUUCUCUAUGCCUUUCUUGAUGAAAACUUCAAGCGGUGUUUCAGGGACUUCUGCUUUCCAAUUAAGAUGAGGAUGGAGCGACAGAGCACUAGUAGAGUCAGAAAUACAGUUCAGGAUCCUGCUUACAUGAGGGAUGUUGAUGGGCUAAAUAAACCAGUAUGACUAGUCGUGGAGAUGUCUUCUUACAGUUCUUCAGGAAGAGAAGAGUUUAAUGAUCUCGGGUUAACUCAGAUUAGUACUGAAGUCUAACAUGGAAAGAUAGAAUUUUUAACAAACUUUUAGAAAUCUCAUGGUCUGAGGUCAUAAGAUGCAGACUGGGUCUGCCACCCAGGUCAGUGGAAGCAUCAAGGUUGUAGGGAUGGAGUACAAAAGAAUCGAGUAAGCAAAUACAGCCCCUUUCUAAGGCAGGGAAGAAAGGCUGACUUCCUUUGAUGUCAGUUCCUUUGAUGAACAAAGAAGCAUUUUUCUUCUGGUCACCUAGAUUUAGUUCAGGACCCAUCUGCUGUGGCUUUCCCAUGCAAUGUGGUUCCAAAAGCUCUGUUUAGAAAAAAGGACAAGAAAAAAAAUAUUGGUUUUAGAGCUUAGUGGGCAUCUCAUCCAGAUGCUUUACAUUGAUAACAACACCCUGAAUAAAAACAAAAACCAUUUCCAGGGCACAUGUCCAGCUCACUUUAUGCUAUGUGGACACACAUGUAGUGUGGCUG